AUGGGAACGCCACUGAAAGCAGUUGGGUUCAGUGCUCGUUGCAGUGUCCAGGCUGCAUUUGCCAAAUUGAUGUGUGCUAACUUUGGCCCCUCCCUUUAUUCGCACCCAGGUUCAAUCGUCACAUCGUCCCAAUCCGCCACUACUUUGAGCGUCUCCUCUAUUGGACCAGCAAGGACCACUGAUGUCUCCGGAGCGGUCGGCGUGCCUCCAGGGAAUCAACCCUUCUGUGUAAAUAUCCGACCUCGUCGUUUCCCAGAUACGUUCAUUCCAAGAUCUACCGCUGGUCCGUCCGGUUGGACGAUGGAUUUUCAAACGGAUUGGGCAGAAGUUGCAUUCGCCCACGAUGUGUGCACCUCGGUACAUACACGCAUGUCAGACCACGAUAGAGAUCCCACCCAGCCUUACACUGGAGAUUUUCUAACAUACUCGCGCGUUCCUCUUGUCUGCGGACUAUCUGGCAGACCAGGAUGCCACGAAUCGGAUGGGGUGCUCCGCAAGACCUGUGUCUGUGAUUUCGACGAUCCCUCUGCCGAUGGACGCGUCGAAUGGGCACACUGUGUGUACGAUGCCAAUUAUCAUCCCUGUCACGGUUACAGCAUUGAGUUUCAGUGGGUGGUUGCAGCGGGCGCACGACUCUCCGAGCUGAUUAACAUCUGGCAUCACCGCGCCAGCACAAACAACUUCCAUUUCUUCCCUGCCCCAUGCUUCCCGUUUGGGUACUCUGAGAUCCGGUCCGACGCGGACCCUCUACGUAUACCAGUGUUUGUGCCCAUGGAUCUAACGGCCCUACUUCGGCACUCGGGUUCGUACGAUCAGGAAACAUCCACCUCCACGCAGCAUGGUCGAUACGGUUCCGGUACUGUCAAUAUCAGCUCAUCCGACAUACCUCCGUCAGGUUUCGUGAACGGAGAAUGCGAUCCAGUGGUGUUGGCCUCCAAACUUUUUCCAGGUGACUCGUGUGCUCAACGUAUCUACGCGCUGCGAUCCUUCCAAGACUACCUGUUGAAACGGUAUGUGUUCCCACAUCAACCAUAUUGA